AUGCAGGCAUAUGGACAGACGGGAAGUGGGAAGAGCUACACCAUGUCGGGGCCCCAUUCUGAAGAGGAGUCCAGGCUGCUGUCAGGUGCUCAUGGUGACUUGGGAAUCAUCCCCAGAGCAGCUGAGGAGCUCCUCAGGCUCAUUUCAGAAAAUCCUUCAAGAAACUCAAAGGUUGAGGUUUCCAUAAUAGAAAUUUACAAUAACGACAUCUUUGACCUUCUGGCCAAAGACAAUUCAGUGGUGGUGUCUGGGGUUAAGCGUGAGGCAGUGACAACCCAGGAGGGACGGACAGAGAUCUCCCUGCUGACCUGCAGGACUGCCAUCAGCGCCAUGGAGUUUGUGGAACUCAUCUAUGAAGGUCUGCAGCUCAGGGCGAGGCACCCCACUGUGCACAAGAACUCCUCCAGACCCCACCUGGUUAUCACAGCAACUCUGACCACCUUCUUGUGCAGAACUGCUAAGUUGCCACUUAUGUUAAGGGUCAAUUCUGGGCAUAGAAGUCCAGUCCGGGAGAACUAG